AUGAAACAGCAGCUGAUUGAUGGCCGUGGCCAGACCGGCUGCGAGCCCUUCCCUCGACUGCCACUCGAGCUUGUCCACCUCAUCUGUGCAUUUGCCUGCAAGACCACUUCCUCCUCGUCAUUCCCACACAUAGACUUCAGGACUACUCGUACCAUUGCGCUUGUGUCCAAGCGCCUGCAGCAAAUUGCGAUCCCGAUCCUCUACGGCGAUGUCACGCUGAGUAAACCUUCCGACCUCUGGCUCUAUGCUCGCACUGUGAACGAGAACUUUACCCUCGCCCUGGAGACACACACCUUAUGGGCCGGAGCGACCAGCGAAACUCUCCCACCCAUAUCUUGGUGGCCGCUCACCUACGAACCCUGCACUAUGAUUAGGUCCUCCAUCGCCGAUCCAGCUCGACUGCCCCGCGACGUGCCCGUAGGCCGAUUUUGGCCAGUGUCCCACAGUACCAGCGGGCAAUGGGCGGAAGAGGCAGUCAUCAACAUCCUUCAAGAAGCCUGUAAGUCAGUCGGAGGUAUCACAGACAAACCGGGGGUGGACCUCAAUCGUCACGCAUUCCUCACUCUGGAUGGACAGCAGCUCACCCGAGAUGAGUGGGUGGUCAGAGUCUUCGAGGUGCAAGAAGCACUCGACGAUUAUCUGCUAGAUCUACGCAACAGGCAGGAUACCACGAGGUCGUCCAAGAACGGUGCUAAGACGACUGUGCCCGGCACCGGUACCUACACAACAGCCUCCGCCUAUGUCCAGUCGGACGCUGAUAAGAGGAUCACCAAGCUGAGGGCUCGCCGCGAAUUCGACUGCUUCGAGCACCCCCUGAUGUAUGCACGCUCGGGGUCAGGAUUCUUCAUUUGGGAUGCGGUUCCGCCGCCAAUACCUUUCACCGAGGUCCCCGCCCACGAGGACGGCGCUUUCGCCAAUGAGGCCCGACCACUCGAUCCCGUCUAUCUCUUGACCACACUGGAGAGGCAUGAGGUGCCUCGUACUGAGGAAAUCGCAGAGUUUCUGGCCGCUAAGCCAUCGAUCGCCACCUUAUUGAUGGCGUUAGAAGAUGUCCUGUAUACUUCGAUUAGCAUUACGUCACUAGCUCUCACAGGCUGCCUUGAGACUUUGGUCACUUCUCGCAAGGCUUCCAGAGCACUGCCAGAAGUUCGUCUUUUGUCGCUGGGACCGUCGCCACCUCAGUGGGAUCCCAGAAUCUUCUUCCGAUAUCCAGAGCUCUCCAAGCUCGAAGAGCUUCACAUUACAGGCCGCAACUUGCACAUGAACGAGAGAAGGCAACUCUUGACACGGAUGCUACCAUUGGAGAAUCUGAAAAAGGUUGAAUGGAAUUGGUGGCCUCUACAGCGACUCAACAUGCCAGAGUUGUGGACGGACAGCAUUGGCAUUGCUGUUGGCCUCCACAGAGAAGACCCGAUCGCGACCCUGUGGUGGCUCGUGUGCGGUCCUGAGCUCUGGAUCAAGCCGGAUCGAGGGUACGCAGCAACAUUCCAUUUGACCGUGCGAGCCCACCACGAAGACGUGGCGGAUUUCCGUAGAGGGGCUCACCCGGAGCUGCUCAACCACCCUCGACUGACGAUGGUAGCAGCAAACACUCCACCAGCGCGUAAUCAACCAGCAGCUGGGUCACCAGCAGACGGGCUCGGCAAUGUUUUCGAGGAGAUCGCUGCCUUGAACAUCGAUGACGACGACGAUUCGCGAGCUAGGCGCAGGGAAGCAGAGGAAGUCGAUCCAAAAAGUCAUGUCGCGCGUGUCUUGGCCUUCGAACAGGUACGAGCCCGAUGGGAGGAGAGCAUCCGAGCUUCCCCACCUCCAAAAGGUCAAUGUGAGAAUAACUAG